UUUUCUUCUCAUUAUUUUUUGCCAGAUUAUGAACGAAAACAUAACAACAACAACCAACAACAAAAAUAUUUACUUUAACGAUACUUUAAAUUCAACUUUAAAUACCGGCCUAGAUUUAUUAACAGCUUUACCUAUUCAAUUUGAUUUUUAUAACACAAAUAUGGUAUCCAUUCCAGAGAGAAUUUCAACUACAGGACUUUCUACAGCCAUCUCUAUUUUAAUGGGGGUUAUUGUUAUAGCUUCGUUUUUAUUAAAUAUGGCAGUUUUUGUUACGAUUUUGACUUGUUACAAAUUACGUUCAUCUCUACUUAAUUUGAUGUUUUGUAUGUUAUCUUUAUUAAAUUUACUGGAUGUUUCCCUCAUCUCAUUUGUAGCACUCAUUUGUGUAGCUAAUGGUGGUAUUUGGACGUUUGGUAGAACAAUUUGCCGCGUGAAUGCUUUUGCGCAACAGUCUCUUUUCCUCGCAAAUCUACUUACACUAACACUAAUUGCAAUGGAGAGAGCCCUAACUCUGAUACGACGACAUUUAGUUACUCGCAAAAUAUUUGGAUCUUUAGCCAUUCUUUUUAUGAUAAUUCCGAUUUGUUUUGCGACUCCAUUGUUGAUUCCAGGCUUUCAAGUCUCUGUCUUUCCCUACCGAUAUUUAUGUGCUAUUGGAAGUGGUUCUCCAGUGCUAUAUUCUCUUGCACAAUUGCUUGUAUAUGGGGGUUGCAUUUUUGUUCUCCUCAUAUGCUUCGGGUCCAUAAUUAAACAAAAACGAAUUGUUCGUUCACUCCCAGCAAAACCAGAACAAUACGGAGCUUUUAUUUUGGAAAACCGAAUUUUGGAUGAACACAUGCAAUUGAGUAGACUGUUCUUUUGGUUGGUAUUUGAAUAUGCAGUCAUUCAGGGACCUUAUAUUUGCUUGGAUUUUUUUGUUCAGAUCCGCAACAGCAUUGAAGUUCAACAAAGUUUUGCACAAUUUACAGGCUCUACAACCUCCAAAGAUGUAGAUACACUUGUUACCAUCAUUAAAAUCUUCCAUCCUUUGAUUGUGCCAACUAUGAUUCUCGUUUCCUGUAAUAAUAUUUGGACACAAUUAGUGGAUAAAAUAUGUUGCCGCUUUAAUAAAUCUGUUGUGGGGGCUUUUAAUUCAAUGGCUGUUGGAGGGGCGAAUAACAACAACCCUUCUUUUGCACAACUAUUAAGUGGGGCAAAUGGAAAUGCUAAUAAUAAUGACUUUGCCAACAAUCCCCAUGUCAUGACUCUUUACGCUACUCCAAACGGUGAUUUACAGUUGCGCCUACCAAAUGCCACAGUAAUAACCCAACCACCUGCACAAAUGGUUCAAAGCAUUAGAAAUAAUGAAGAAAAUGAGGAAUUUAAUGAAAGGAUUAUUUACAGAAAAAAUAAAAAUGUUUUUCAACAUCCAUCAACACAAAUAUGCACUGAUACAGAAUGCUCUAGUAGUGAUUGCAACGUAUAUAAUAAUGGAAAUAAUUUGAAUAGAAAUGAGAAGAAUAAUAAAGGAAAAAAUUUAAAUUUUGAAAAAUUAGGGAAGAAGAAGGGGAAUCGGAGGGAAUUAGCAAGAAUAAACUAA